GUCUCGCUUUUAAGAUGCUUUCAUGAGCCGCUGUGGCAGAAGGCCAUCUGAGGGUCUCACAUGGUGUUAAAGGUCAGUGUUUGUAGGGAAAAGGCUGCUAAGCCCGGUAAGUGUGUUUUCUCUAUCCCUUAUGCAAUGACUCAGCAUAGCCGGCUUUGAGAAGUUAUUAGAAGAUGCUUAAAGCAUUAUCAGCACCAGGACAAGACCUGUGAGACCCCCUGAUUGAGCCAAUAAAGGAGAGUGAAUUGUUAAACCUACUGCCUAGUAGACCGCCAUCCUAAAAGAAGGGAUUAUUCCCCAUCGGAGUUGCUAAUCUAAAUUAAAUCUUUCCUUUAUGAAUGAAGGCCUCCUUGUACUUCAGAAUUAUGUCAAUAUUAUAAAGGUGCCAUUCUUGUGGGGUUGACCCAUGAGUCUGUCUCUUUGUGUGCUUGGUGUGCACUUUGGCUAUUUAUGAGGAUAAUCUAAAGUCUACGGAACGUUUGUAUGUGGUUCUUGCAGCUGGGGGACUACAUUUCUGACACAGCCAGUAACAUGAUGCUGGUGGACGAGCACAUCCUGUGGAUGGCUCAGAAUGAGGCCAGGGCGUGUACCCGGAUGGUCCAGUGUGUGGAGCGCAUCGCUGACCUGGCUCUAAGUGAAGAUAACCAGGUCAUUUCUAAGGUAUCUGCUAAUAUCGCUCUGGAAGCCUUCCUGAUCAGGCCGUCAAAGCUGCUGGGUUUAUCCUGCUCAGUGCUACAGCGAUCCCAUGUGUCUGCCAGCUCACCUCUCCCUCACAGCGCUGACAAGGACAAGCUCGCAGAACACAACGCCACGGGAGGGUCGUCGCUCAUUUUCAAAUGCCAGGCUGUAAACAACAGCGACCUGCCAGCCAGUCAGCUCAGCAAGGUGAGGCGCAGGCAGAUAAACAGUGUGCAGAUUGUUCUAAAUGUCUCCAAUAAGCUAUUGUGGCAAAGUCUGCAUAAAAUAACCAUUUGAUUAUUGUUCAGUUAGUUACGACCUGAGUCGUGGGGCCAAAACAAAACCAGGGCACACACACCACAGCAGCAAAAUACGUCUACCCUAAGGCCACGAUAAUCAAAAGCAGAGAGACCUUCUAGACCAGCUCACACAGGGCGUAGGGUCUGGUGUCGUCCCUCGACCCUGAGAGAGCAGGAAAACCAAACCUAGCAGAUACAGCCCCGUCCUUACACAGGUGUGUGUGAGUGUGUCAUUAUCAAUGAAAGCAGCUUCAACACUGAUGUUUUGAUUUUGUGGUGUGAAGUAGAUCACGUUGUGUUGGGGUUAGGAAUUCUGAAUGAGGAUCAGCCUGCAGUGAUGAACAUACAUCCUUGUGUGCAUCAGCACCAACCUCGGUGACUCAGUAAGUCUACUGAUGUAUGUCUGCAACCUCUGCACACACUCUGCAGACUCGUGUCAAUGACUGCACAGAUGGAUUCAUCAGUCAACUCUGAUGUGUGUUUAAUGCAAGGAUAGUCCAUGUGCAUGGCUGCCAGGCCUCUGGUUUGUUCAGCACUCACAUUUAGAUGUAGCUCCAGUUUAAGUGGAACUAGCAUACUGCCAUGGCUGCUCUGGUGUGGCGCUAGCAGGACACUUUCAGCCAGCUUCUUUAAACAACAAACAUCAGAUUUUAGAUCUGGAUCAACACUUUUAAAGGCCAGACCGUCUCUUUUGGGGGUCAUGGUAACUCCUAAUAACAUUCAGAAUUCUGUGUAAGUAUUAUGGGCUGUUGUACCUCUGCUUGACUGAUAGAUGGGCCAUUCCUGUCUGUACCGGGUCGCCCCGGGCCGGGUGGCCCCAGUCGGCCCCAGCCUGGCCCGGUUGAUUCCUUAAGCCCAUGUGGGCUGAUUCUACCCACCAAUCAGAGGCUUGCUCUAAUGGAAGGUGUGAAUUUGCUGUCAGCAGUGGGUGUGUUGGCCCUGGUCGACCUGAAGCAGACCCCCAUCGAGAAGAGGGCAGAGAAUGAGCCUUGGUUGGCCCGGAAAAAUACCAGGCCACCCAGAUAUGUAAACAACCUACGCUACCCGCCCCCGGCCGACCCGGUACAGGUGGGAAUGGCCCAAUAGUCUAUCAGUUCAUUUUCUAUUCUUAUGCCAGUCACAGAGAAACAAUAAACAUCUUUUAGUGGUGAUCAGGCCCUCACAGGACAACUCAUGAGGCUGUGUGAAUCCAGUCCAGGUUUUAAGUUUAGAACUCAUGAACCUGUUUGAAUCCAGUCCUGGUUU